UCUCAUUUAGUGUUGUACAUCAGGCAAAUAACCGCAGACGAAUGUGUUGCUGUCUGUGCAAGGUGUCUGUGACGUGGGGGGAUUCUCACACGUCUUGACAUCUUUUUUCUCUGGGUCCCCCCACACCAACUAACCAACAAGCAACAAUAACAACCCUUUCAUUUUUGUUCUGUUUACUCCGCCUCUUCCAAACCCUUCCCCUUUCUCCUCUUCACAAAAUGAUCUUCAAAAAGAAGAAGAAAUACGAACAGCUUUGUGUAGUACUCGGAGUAUUGUUGGUGUCGUUGUCGAUCGUGGCGAGUGAAUUGGUGGUGAAUGUGAAGAACAAAGGAGGUGAUGUCCAGGUCGAAUCAAUUGAUGCUGAUACUGCUGCAAAUACUAUAUCAAUGUAUUUCGUAAAGAUAGAUGGAACCCAUAUAUAUCAGUUCAUAGACUUCAAAUCGGAGAUCCAGAUAUUCCGAGCUGUUGUGCUACCUGAGGAGGAACAAGGACAAACACAGCACCAAGUCAUGUGUUUUGUGAUGCACUACUUAAAGAAUGAAUUCAUUUCUUCUGAUGCCAUGUCCAAAUUACGUCAGAAAAAUUCCAGAGCAAUUCGUACCCCAGAAGAUGACAAGGGUCGAGAGAUCCACAAUCACGACCUCAUCAUUUACUUAGAUCAAUCCCAUUUAAUCAGUCCAUAUAUUUAUAAUAUUUGCCGAGAUGCAAAUGACAAGAUUUUUGCGCAAGAUGUUGACCUGAGAAUCAUUUCCCGUUCUUUAGGGAAAGAUUACAAUGUAAUGAAGUCUGCCACCAAACAGUAUAUACCAUCCAAAUAUCCCCGAUGUCGGGACAUAUCAGACUCUUUAAAACCAUGUUCCUGCCAAUUUGAAAUCUGCAUUGGUUGGUACCCAUGUGGCUUGAAAUACUGCCGUGGGAAUGAUUCCCUGGGACAUUUGGUCAGCUACAGAUGUGGUAUCAAAACAUGUCGAAAGUGCCAUAUCUUUAAACAUUAUGAAAUGCAGAAAGCCAAUUGCAUGUGGGACUACUAGAUACUACUGCAACACUUCAGUGCACCUUACUGCUGCUAACCAGUGUUUCCAGUUUUGAUCCUGUAAUUCUUUAUACACUGGUGAUAGUGCCUUCAUCUUGGAUUUUUUUUAAGAAAAAAAGAAACAAAACAUUUUUCUUUGUUGGAUUAAGGAAAGAAAAGACUGAAGAAAAAAAAAAGUCUCAGAAAGAUAUUGUAAAAAGUAAAAUGGAAAAAAAUUGGUUA